GGGCGGCCGCUUUGUGUUGAUUCUCCAAUUCCCCCAUUUGACGGAUCCUGCUGGCUGGCUGGCUGGCUGCUACACGGUGGUGGCAACCAAGUGAGUUCGCAACACACGGACCUCCCUUUGGCCGCCGCAUUCCGCGAAUCGGGGACACCUCUGGGGUCGUGUGAGCCCCACCAGUGAUCCGUGUGAGUGUUCGCGGGCGACGCGGGGACCCUUUCGGCCGUCCUGCGAGCAGCGGGUUCUCUCGGCGACACAGCGGCCGAGCUGGUGGUGCGACUUUAUUUUUAGGUUACUCGAGGGGCGUGUGUCAAGAGAGCAGUCUGGCCGCCGUCUGUCCGUCUGCACGCGGCCGAACCCAGAAUAGACAAGUCGGACACGCACAUUUUGGCCGCCCACCGCACGUCGGCCGAGCCAGCGGGCGCGAUUUGCGAGCACCUACGUACCCCGAGUAAGCACCAAUCCCCACCCUGGGUACCGCCAUUACGUGGUGGUCCUCUCCGAUCCGCGCUCCACAUUGAGAUAGUCCACCCGGAGACCCCACUUUUGGGCCCAACUCGCCCCGAACGCACUCCCCGCAGGCCGACAGCCUCGCCGACGACCGAUUCGACCACCGAGGCGCGUCAGCCGACGCAGUGUGUUUUCCAGGUGGAUACCCUCUCAUAGGAUAUACCGUGUGCAACGUCAAUACUCGCCAGCCGUGUAAAUAAAAGGAUACGCAGUCAUUAAGGGUCAGGAAUCAACCCUCAAUUGGCCAAUGCAGGAAAUGGUGAGCGGGCGCCGACGACGAGACGAUCUCAAGUAAACAGCGUAAUUAGAAGGGCCUUUGUAUCGGCGGCUGACGACGAUGGCGACGACGCAAUUAGUGGCCUGAGCCCGUUGUCGUGCGCCGGACGCCGCGGCCCCGCAGCAUGCUGUAAGGCUGGCUACUCUGCUCCCGCCCUGGCCGCAGUUCUCUGAAAAGGUGGCCCUCCACUGGCCGCACUCCAGGCUCGGCGCCGCGCAACCCUCGCUCGGCUGGGCUGGCGCCACCUGCCGGGCGACGCCGCCAACCCUUAAAGCACGGCGUUUCCACACAACAGCAUACGUCACAGAUGUCCUGACAGCGGGCCGGGGGCGUGUGGCAUGACAUCGGUGCCUGACGGGCAGAACCAAGACUACCGCCGCCUGCUCGCCCUCCGCACUUCCGGCGCUACGCCACCUCCGUCUGAAAGGUUUCUGCCCAUAGCUCCCGCGCCACCCCCGGCCAAUGUCCAGCCGCAGCAGCAGCCCCAGCCUUCGUCGGCCUCGGCCCAGGGCGCGGCGUCGAACGGUCUCAUCACCUCCGUCGGCGAGGCGUACAUGAGGCGCGACGCGCCGCCGCCCAGUUCUUCCUACCACUACCGUCUGCCCCCUCAUGUCGCCGCCGCCUACCAAACGCAGAACUACGACUGCGGGGCCUCGAGUAGCAGCUCGGGCAGCGGCAGGUCGCUGCCGCACGUGCCGGCCGACUACCUUUCGGCCUCGCACUACCACCCUGCUGCACACUCGAGCCACUACCACCACCCGCACUACAACACCAUCUCCCACCCGAGCCACCACCACGGCUCACUGCACCACCAGCACCCGCACCACCGGUCGCCGCACCACCACCACCCUGACUACCGGCGCCACCUGAGCACGUCUCAAUGCCCUGGCGCUUCCUACCUGCGCCACAGCUCGCGCAGCGCUCGCCUCGAGGAGCUCCUCAACUCGGCGGCGGCCGCCUCCAACAGGGUACCCAGCCCCCGCCUUCCGCCCACCCCCAGCACCCCGAGGACCACGCCGCCCCUGCAGACCCGUUCGCUACCGUCCAACGACUCGCUCGUGGACGCGCCGGCGCUCGACACCAGGGCCUCCCGCAGGUACCAACAGCAGCAAGCGGUGCUGGAGCAGCAGCAGCAACAACAACAGCAGCAGCAGCAAUCCAACUCGAGACUGUACCAAGACCCAAGUCCGGUGCCCUCGCAGCAGUCCUCAAGGUCGUACCAAUCGCAGCAGCAACAGCAGCAGCAGUCACAAGAGCCGUCGUCCAGCCUGACAGGCGCAGUGCAGCCGUCAAGACCAGAAUCCAGGUGUUCAAUUAGUAGUGUGGCUGGCAGUGCGUCUGCGUUGCCCCUGGCCUGGCGGAAUGCUGUGUCAUCUGCCGCGGCUGCUGCCUCUGCGUCCGUGCCUCCCUGCACCCCGCCUGGCACGUCUCCAUCGGGCCAGGCCACACCAGCAUCACCUAGUUCCAGUUCCUCACCCUCUGCCUCCGCCACCUCCAGCACCGCCUCAUGUUCCUCUCAGACCUGCUCCUCUGUCUCUUCCGUCUCUUCAGCUGCGUCCACCAUUCCCGCAACCACCACCUCAUCCCUGGCCCCUAGUCCGCCUCAGAACCCCACAAUCACCCCUCCUGUCCCUUCCUCGCCCAUCGAGAGCACAACUGCAGACACACCCAGAGUGGCGAGAGCUGUAACAAGAACUGAAACAAUCAAAAAUUACAUCAAACGCGGAACGGCCGAGUUCUUUGGACUGUGUGAAAAUGAUGAAGACGAAGAACGGCUGCGGCUGCGAUGGUUGGAGCGGCGAAAGAGACUUGCAGUGCGGAAGUGUGGACCCUUGCGUGAAGAGUGUGCUCCGGUUGCGGCGAGACACGCGCCUGCCAGACAAAGGGCGGCCCAGGUCGCAUCAAGGCCCGAUGUUCUUCCUACUGACUCCCCGGACCACCCUGGGAGCAGCAGCGCGGAACCUGAAGGUCCUCGAUGGACGGAGCCCCCAGUUAGGCGGAAAGAGUCUGUGGCCAGAAUGGCACUUGGUGGACUUGGAUAUGUGAUUACGACGCUAACGAGACACAGAGCGAGGGCAACUUCGAGGAGUAGGGAGUGGUCGAGAAGCUAUUCCCCCUCGGCGGCUCUGGACCCGCCUCAACAACAGCAACAACCAGCAACACCACCGAGACUCUUCCAGGACGAGGUAUUCUUCGAUAAACCGGCCUCAAUUAGUGGAGCCAGUGGAGAGGGUGACAGUGGUGGAAACAAGGCUCAAGAAGAAAAGGCAUCUUCGGCCUCAAACUUGCACACGGCUGCAUCAGAACCUAGUUUUAGAUCUGGUCAACAAAGUGGGGCAUCUGAAAGCCUUCAGGAUGACCCUGACCACAGACCAAUUAGAGAUCACAGAUCAUUCUCAAGUGAUAGAGCACACAGUUGGCGUCGUAGUAGACAAGAGCCCGGUGCCGAGGCUACUUCUCCUGAGGUUGGCGCCUCAAGGAUUUGGAGCCACGUUCUUGACAGAGCACUUGACAACUCUGACCGCAGACAAUAUGGCAUGGGAUUUGUUGGCAGAAUGUUGAGUAGGCGCUCAAGAAAGCGCUCAGUCGUCCACCGCCACAAAAGGCAGUUGGAUGACAUGGAAGACUACAGACCUUUCUUUACGUACUGGGUAACGACCGUGCACGUCAUGGUCAUGGCCUUAUCUCUCCUGUGUUAUGGACUGGGUCCACUUGGCAUCGACUUAAAUCAAAGAUCAAGCUUGGUGAUGGUGCCAAGCUUGUCUUUGCAGCAGGUUGACUAUCUGGAGCCUGCCAACUUUUGGAUAGGACCUAGAGCUGCCGAUCUGAUACAUUUGGGAGCUAAAUUUUCACCCUGCAUGAGAAAAGACCAUAGGAUUUGGAGGAGAAUAAACAAGGCCAGGGAAAAAGAAAGAGAAACAGCAUGUUGCAUAAGAAAUGAUGAUUCAGGUUGUGUGCAAUCAUCACAGGCAGAGUGCUCACUGCGAGGAUUGAGACCAACGCAAACAAUUUCUACCUGGAAAAAGUGGUCUGCCGGCGAAUCUGGUCCAGGGGGACGCAUCUCUGGUUCAGUGUGCGGGCUCGACCCAAAAUACUGCGAGCUGCCCGCCUCGAUAGCGCCGUUUGAGUGGCCUGACGACAUCACCAAGUGGCCGAUUUGCAGAAAACCCAGCUCGGUGGUGCAGAGACGCGGAGUCAACGGGGUUGGCACGCAGCUGCGAAGGGACAAGACCGCGGAACACAUGGUCUGCGAGGUCAUCGCGCACCCCUGCUGCAUCGGCAUCCACGGCUCCUGCUCCAUAACAACCAAAGAAUAUUGUGAUUUCGUCAGAGGAAAGUUCCAUGAGGAAGCCUCACUGUGCUCACAGGUGUCAUGCCUGGAUGAUGUGUGCGGUAUGAUUCCAUUCUACAACCCAGACAGGCCAGACCAGUUCUACCGACUCUGGACCUCAUUGUUUUUGCAUGCAGGAUUUGUACACUUGCUGCUGACUCUGGUAGUCCAGUUGUGUAUUAUGAGAGAUGUUGAGAGAAUGACCGGCCCUCUGAGGAUGGCGAUGAUAUAUCUGGGAUCAGGCAUGGGAGGCAACCUCGCGAGUGCUAUCUUUGUGCCAUACCGGGCAGAGGUUGGUCCUGCGGGUGCACAGUUUGGGCUGCUGGCCUGCCUUAUGGUCGAGGUGCUGGACGUGUGGCCGAUGCUGCGAAGACCGGAGCAGGCUCUACUCAAGCUACUGGCGGUGGUGGCUCUGCUGCUGCUGCUCGGCCUGCUGCCGUGGGUGGACAACUGGGCGCACGUGUUCGGCUUCGUGUUCGGACUGCUGCUGUCAUCUGCGCUGCUGCCAUUCGUCACGAUCGGCUCGGCCCCGUUCUCGAGGCACAGGAAGCGAUUGCAAGUGUGGUUGUGUCUGGGAGGCGCAAUGCUUUUAUUCCUAGCGCUCGUAGCAAUAUUUUAUCUCGUGCCAGUGAUAGACUGCCCGUUGUGUGAUCUGUUCAACUGUCUGCCAAUCACGUCACAGUUUUGUGCCGAGCAGGACAUAAACUUUGGACGCGACGAGAUCGUAUGACGUCGACCCCCCUCGGUGCUGCAUCAUCAUCAGCACCAUCGAAGGCCAUGGCGCACCUAGGGGGGUAAUUUGCAUAACUUCGAAGUUUUGUCUCUCAAUCGAAAAAUCGGCGGCGGACGCAUAGCUUGCAAUUCUUCGUUUGUGAAUAUACCAGUCAACCCUCCCCGGAGAAAAUGAGAACUGCUGUGUCCUGGAUCUAGACGAUAUGAUAGUGUCUGAUCUCUUCUUCUUAAACUUCUUCUUCAUUGCAAGCUAUGUUUGUAUGAUUCGUUCGAUCUGCCACUUCUCUCAGUUGAAGCAUCUUUAUACAACCAAAGAAUGCGUAAUUUGGGAUUGCAUGGGAAUUGUUAAGAUAAAAAAAGAAAAAAAUUAAGUCGGCCGGUAUUUACCCAAUGUUAUAUGAAAAUGGUGAACUACAGAUUAAUCAAGUGACAGUUGUUUGUGAUAUGAAGACCUCUGAUUUUUAUCCACAGUGCAGCCGUGUGAUAUCAACUGAAAAAAUGAGCCGUUUGAAAGCUUUGACUCUUCUCAGUGACGAGCGAUGUGUUGUAGCCUAAAAGUAUUUGACUCUCCGAUACUGACGACGACAUGCAUUGCCAGGCAAUUCACUAAAGACUAUCAUUAAUGUAGGCAGAAAAGUGUUACAUUGAAAUAUGAUGGAAAAGAGAAAUUCGGAAAAUGGACACAGUUUGUUGUUUUCUGUUUGUUAUAUGCCAUUAUUAUUAUAAGUGAACAUGAAAUACUUCCCACCUUGUGUCACAUCCUAAUUACACAGCAAUCUUACUUAUUACAUAUAAAUGCUGCUUAUUAACAAAUGAAGUUGUGAUUUUGCCAACAUUGCUGGCAAAUGUGUGGUUUGAUUAUCAGAGAAAGAAUGGUUUUCAUUUUGACUGUCAAAACUCGCUACAAAGAAAAGUUGGCAUCAAGUGCAAUCAGAGUCGUUUGAAAGCCUGUAAAUUUUUAAUUGUAAAAAACUACCCUUUUGUUGAAUUAGUACAAGACUCGUUUUCGAUCUCAAAAAAUGAUUCCUGGAGCAAUGCGUUCUCAAAAAGAGCUGAUUGCAUGAUUCGACCGAAGACUUUUUAAUUAGUUCUUCCAUUAAGAAAGCCCUUGUAAAAGCGUAUAUUAUUUCCUGUCUAGUCCCUCUAGCCAACAAAUCACAAUGAAACCAGUUUAUUUUAAUUGUAAAGGAAACGCGAAUGAUUAACAACAACGUAUUUACAGUACACACCAGUUUUCAUGAAAAAAUUAUUGAUUAAUAUUACUGUUAUUCUGGAAAGCCUUUAUUUUCAACAACCAACCGCAGAUGAUUUCAUAAAUUGAGUGUGGAUUUCAUAUCUCUUGUAUGAAUAUAAAAAGUGUAUGUGUAUGACAUAAUGAUAUUAUUUUCAUUGUGAUUGCAUUUAUGUUGUAAACUACUUGAUUUUUCAUUAAGUACCAGCUUCGACUAACAGCUUGCACUUAAACGUUGGUACAGUAAGACGCGCGCGCAUAAAAAUUAUACUUGAAAUCUGUCUCGUAGCAAAGAGCACUUACACCCCGUAAAAGUUUGCCACUGAAUGCUCAGUUCGCAAAAUUUAUGUUAAGGGUUUCUCAGAAAUUGUCCGGACAAGUAGAGGCCUAAAUGUGAAGAACAGAGACGAGAUUAUUGGGUUUUGUUCCAUUUCCCACCAUUGGUCGCAGGAAAAUUCACGCCAGUGAUUAAAAAAAUAAUUAUGUAAAACGAAAAGUUAAAACGAAAACGAGAAAAAAACAAAUGUAAAAUUAUAGGAGAUGACCUAAUAUUGGAUUGCAUUAAACAUUCCAUCACACGUUAACAAGGAUAUCAUCAAAUUGAUUGUAAAAUACACAAUUAUUAUUCUUACGUGUACGUUAUCGAUUACUAAACACAUUAUUAUAAGCGAGCUGUAUGUCAAUGCUGUGAACUUUUUUAAAAAUAAUAAAAUUAAUUGAAAAUAA